GCUCGAGAUUGAGACAGACUAGGUGAAGGUUAAACUGUAAUGUCUCCUUCUGCGAGUCGAAUUCUGGCUGUUUAACGAAUAAGGUGUUCAUGUUGUCAUUGCUCGGGAGUCAACCGGAAGGCAUUUCCAAAAAUUCAGUCAUGCGCAGUUAAAAUCGCGAUUCCAUUCUCCCAAAGGUUAUUAUUUAGCGCCCAUGCUGCCAGGAGAUUGUGCGGGUUAUUGUCAUACUCAACCACUGUUGCAUAGGAAUUAGCAAACCGCGAUCAUGAACAUCAUUCGAAAUUUAGUCCGUCCUUCUCCGAAGAAUGUUGUUCGGAUCGUUCGUCUGGAAGGCACAAUCGUUUCUCAGACUCGACGAGGGCCAGGUUCUUUGAAUUUACGCAAAGUUGAGAAGCACCUGGACAAAGCGUUCGCCACCAAGAAAGUUAGGCCAAGAGCUGUAUGCUUGGAGAUAAACAGCGGAGGAGGAUCCCCUGUUCAAUCAAACUUAAUUUUUAAUCGAAUACGGGCUUUGUCUAAAGCAACCAAAAUCCCCGUGCUUUCAUUUGCGGAAGACUUGGCCGCCUCCGGGGGGUACAUUUUGGCAUUGGCGGGUGAUGAAAUCUUCGUGGAGCCAAACACGAUUAUUGGCAGCAUUGGUGCUCUGUCUCAAGGGUUUGGCUUCCAGGAAACUAUAAAGAAACUAGGUAUGGAGUCGCGCAUUUUCACUUCAGGUGAGCACAAGGUUCGAUUGGAUCCGUUCAGCCCCCUCAAGCAAGAUGAUGUCGAUUAUGUAACAAAUGUGCUAAAGCAGAUUCAUGGGAACUUCAUUGAAUUGGUGAAGGAAAGGCGACCAUCACUUGAUGUUAAACAUAAAACUGUAUUUAGUGGUGAUUUUUUCACUGGCAAGGAUGCUGUCUCAUUCGGUUUAGCUGAUAAUACCUGUUCUGAUUUAAGAGCUGUUUGUCAGGCAAGGUUUGGCAGAAAUGUCAAAUUUGAGCGCUGUGAGCCUCCAAGUGGUGUUCUGGGUAGACUUAGAAAUCUUGUUACUCAGAUGAAAGUUGAGGUAUCUAUUAAUGACAUGUUGGAAGAGCUGACUUUAAAACAAUACAGACCUUAAACUACAAUAUACUUGUUACAAAAAACUCAUUGCAAUUCUUUUGUCAAUGUAUUUUUUUCUAAUUAUUAUCAUGUUCUUUUUUAAUUACAAACAAUUUUUAUAAAGACUUAAGAAAACAUACAGCUUUAUUCAGUUAUCAAAUUUGAGCAAAGUAAGCAGCAUGUUAGUUUUGAUAGUUUCAUGUUACCUCAAACCCUUUCAGUAUUUAUAGCAGGUAUACUUUCCAGCAAGCAGGUGCUAAAUAUUCUGAUAUAGUGUUGUAGCCAUCAUUUUGAAUUGGCAAGACCAAGAAGUCUGGGACAAAUGAGACAGUUUUCUAUUGAGGUUGUUGUAAGAAUGAAAACCUUGGGAAAGCAAAAAGGUUCAAAAUAAAUUUACCCCACCCCCUCUCUACAGCUGUGCUCUGUUCACAUCAGGAUUUCCUCCAUCCUAACAUUCCAAUAUUAUUUGGAAACAUUAAGUCAAAACAUCUAUAAUUCAUUAACAGGAUGACAUUUAACCAUGCAAAUGCUAGUCCUUUGUACAGCUGCUCUAUCAGGAGUAACUGAACACUUAGAAAGAAAACCCAAAGAACAGCUGUAAAGGAUGCAAAGCAAAGGUAUUCUGUAAGCAUGUUUGGUUACACAGGAGAUGCCACCUGAAACACUGUUGUAACAAUACUGAUUUUGUGUAAGCUAAAUGAAGUAUAAGAAUAUUUUGUGUGUAAAUAAAUAAAUAGUUAUAUGUGUUUGAGUUAUCUUUGAUUAAAAUCAGUUUAAG